CUAUUCUGGUCAGGACAAAAGAGAAAGCUAUGCGCAAUGUUCUUUUAGAUCUUUCCUCUUCCAUGGCGGUAAUCAAGUUCGUAGCUUCUCCGUCCUGCUCGUUAUUUUCACUCAAACGGGCUCUUCACGAACCUUUCUCUUUCAGCAACUCUUCUCCUUCAUCUUCCUCGUCUCGAAUCACGAAUGCUUCUAAAAGACCGGGUAAUUUAGAAACUCAUGGGUCCGAUCGUGUCAAUUACGAGAAAAAGCGGGUUGCUUUGAUCCCUUGUUCGCUCUCUUCAACCGAGAUUGUCCCUCAGAAGAAGAAACUGCCCCUAAAUUUCAAAUUUUUGUUCGGUCAACGAGCUCUGUGGCGAAAUAUCUUGUUUGAAUCUACGAAACUUAGAAGUGUCAUUCUUCUAAAUGCCAUUACAAUCGUUUAUGCUAGUAACAUUGCAGUUGUUAAAGAGGUUGAAGAGAUCAUGGAUCCUGCAGCUUUUAGUGCUGUGAGAUUUGUUGUGGCUGCGAUUCCCUUCACUCCUUUUGUUGUGCGGUCGUUUAGUGAUGUGAAAACGCGUUAUUCAGGGAUUGAGUUAGGUUUCUGGGUUAGUUUAGGGUAUCUAAUGCAAGCAAUUGGUCUUCUAACAUCUGAUGCUGGGCGUGCAUCAUUUAUUUCCAUUUUCACUAUUAUUGUGGUUCCGUUGCUUGAUGGUAUGCUUGGAGCUAUAAUACCUUCACGGACGUGGUUUGGAGCUCUAAUGUCUAUCUUGGGAGUUUGGAUGCUGGAAUCUAGUGGCUCUUCUCCAUGUAUUGGUGACUUGUUUAAUUUCUUAUGCGCUGUGUUCUUCGGAGUUCAUAUGUUAAAGACAGAACAUAUAUCACGUACUACAACUAAGGACAAGUUCUUGCCCCUUCUAGGCUAUGAGACAUAUGUCGUUGCUCUCUUUUCGAUGGUGUGGUAUUUUGGUGGAACAUGGUCUACUCUCUUGCAAGAUUAUGACCCAUCUUCCUGGACAUGGGACUCAUGUUGGGAAUGUAUGGUUGCAUUUCCAUGGAUACCUGCGCUAUACACUGGUGCUUUUUCGACCGGUGUUUGUCUGUGGAUAGAGAUGACUGCCAUGUGUGAUGUAUCUGCCAAGGACACCGCUGUGAUAUAUGGUUUGGAGCCUCUUUGGGGUGCGGGGUUUGCAUGGUUCAUCCUUGGUGAGAGGUGGGGCACAGCUGGUUGGAUUGGAGCCGCCCUUGUGCUAGGUGGCAGCCUAACUGUACAGUUGCUUGGAUCAUCACCGCCACCAAAAAAGCCCCUAGAAGGUGAAGAGAGCAGAGAAGAAAUUGAUUGUGCAGCUGCUUCCAACAAGCAAAGGCGCUUCUCGACCUCACCCAUAGUGGUUACAUCGCUAAAAGACACGUCUAAACUAUUGGAUAAGUGAUACAAGACUCUUCCAUCUGUGACUUAUACAAGUCUCAAGAGGCAAGCCUUAGUGUUACCCUGAGGCUUGGAAUGUAAAUUAUGUAAAGUUCCGUCACAGUUUUGAGAUAUAUAAUCAUCUUGAGAAGGCCUAAUUUUUUUGGUGGAGAUUCAGAUUCUUGGUGAUGAUUCUUGUAUGUGAAGAGAACAAAGAAACCUAUUAAUAUAAGCUGGCGUAAAUGCUAAGCAUGGUACAGAUUCCAUAUCUUCCUCCAA